GACACAUAUUUUACAAAGAAUAUUGAAAAAUUCUCUAUGCUUUCUCAUUUAAUGUCAUCAUUAUGGGUGUACCAAAAUUCUAUAGAUGGGUUAGCGAAAGAUACCCGUGUCUCAGUGAAACUGUUAAGGAAUUCCAGAUUCCUGAAUUUGACAACUUGUAUUUGGACAUGAAUGGAAUCAUUCAUGUUUGUUCACAUCCUGAAGAUGACAACCCUCACUUCAGAAUCACAGAGGAGAAAAUCUUUAAAGAUAUCUUUCAUUACUUAGAGUUUUUGUUCCGAAUCAUUAAACCUAGGAAAGUUUUUUUCAUGGCGAUUGAUGGAGUGGCACCAAGAGCCAAAAUGAACCAACAGAGAGGAAGACGAUUUAGAUCGGCUCGAGAAGCUGAGCUCCUGGAGAAAAAAGCCCGAGAAUCCGGAGAGACCCUCCCGACAGAAAAGAGGUUCGAUUCUAACUGCAUCACUCCAGGUACAGAGUUCAUGGUAAAGCUACAGGAACAGUUGAAGUAUUUUGUCACCAGUAAAGUCUCCAGUGAUCCUUUGUGGCAUGGAGUGAAUGUGUAUUUGUCUGGACAUGAGACUCCAGGAGAGGGGGAACACAAGGUUAUGGACUUCAUCAGAUGUCAGAAAUCUAAACCUGGCUACGACCCAAAUACCCGACACUGUCUGUAUGGACUGGAUGCUGAUCUGAUGAUGCUAGGGUUGGCCACACAUGAGCCACAUUUCUCACUGUUGAGAGAAGAAGUCAGAUUUGGAGGAAAGAAAGAUAAAAACAAGAGACCUGCCACCCCUGAGGAAACCACCUUUCAUCUUCUACAUCUCUCUUUGUUCAGGGAGUACCUGGAUUUUGAAUUCGCUGCCCUCAAGGGUAAACUGCCCUUUGGUUAUGACUUGGAGAAGAUCAUAGAUGACUGGAUUUUGAUGGGGUUCCUGGUGGGAAACGACUUUAUCCCCCAUCUCCCCCACCUCCACAUACAACAUGAUGCCCUCCCCACUCUCUGGAAAACCUACAUGACCAUCCUCCCAGAAUGUGGAGGGUACAUGAAUGAAGGUGGCCAUUUGAACCUUGAGAGAUUUGAGAAGUUUAUGAAUGAACUAGCAAAGUAUGACGUGGAUAAAUUCAGUGAAGUAUUCACUGACCUGAAAUGGUUUGAAGGAAAGAAGCUGGAAAAGUCAGAAAAAGAGCCACAGGUGGAACAAACUAGAAAGAAUAAGAAAGAGAGUACAAACCAGUUCUUGUUAUUAGAAUCUCUUGAUAAUGACGCAGAGGAGACUGGACCUUCCCAACCAAGCACAAGUCAAG